AUGGUAGUAAUAUUUUUCAAGAACAAUCUCAUCCGUCCCUACAGCGUACCCAACAGAAUCAUUACUGAUAAUGGUUCCAAUAUGAACAACAAGAUGAUGAAACAGUUGUAUGGGGAGUUCAAGAUUGAGCAUCACAAUUCCUCUCCCUACCGUCCAAAGAUGAAUGGGGCGGUAGAAGCAGCUAAAAAGAAUAUUAAGAAAAAUUUUCAGAAGAUGGUUGUGACUUACAAGGACUGGCAUGAAAUGCUCCCUCUUGCUCUACAUGGAUACCGCACCACAGUUCUCACUUCAACUGGGGAAACGCCUUUCUCCUUGGUAAAUGGCAUGGAAGUCAUACUCCUGAUAGAGGUUGAGAUUCCCUCCUUAAGGGUCCUGAUGGAAGCCAAGUUAUCAGAAGUUGAAUGGUGUCAAGCUAGAUAUUAUCAGUUCAAUCUUAUUGAAGAAAAAAGAAUGACUGCAUUGUGCCACGGUCAGCUUUACCAAGAAAGAAUGAAGAGAGCCUUUGACAAAAAAAGUCAGACCUCGAAGAUUCAAGGAAGGAGAUCUCGUGCUCAAGAAGAUAUUACCUCUUCAACUAGAUCCCAGGCGCAAAUGGACUCCCAAUUAUGA